GGGUGCUGCGACAGCCAAAGUCUUGUCUUGUCUGUAUUUGCUGUUAGUCCCGCGAAUUGCGACCGAGCAACCCGACAGCGUUGUUUUCUCUUACCCCGAUCCGGAAGCUAUCCUAAGUCUCAUACGACCUAGCUUUCUGGAGCUAUUGUCUCCCUCACAAACGCCCCCAGACUCUGUUCCGGAACACCCAGGGUCGACUACUUGGCUCUCCCAGUUCGACAUCAUAACGGAAGACAAGCCGAGACGAGCGAGAAACAAACAAACGAGAGCGGAACAUGCCCGAGAGAGACGACCAACACCCACGACUAAUCCAUUAACUACGCCAGCUGGCUGGGCCUCCGAAUUCCAACGCGAUGCUGGAGAGGACGGCGGCGAGCCUCGAAACAUGCAGCCUCCAGAGAGUUCUCCCCGUCGCCAGAACCUCGUUGAAGAGCCAGCGACAACUACACACAGCCUUCUGGCAACAUGGCGCCUCCGAACUUGAACUCCUCGAUGCCUACCAGGCCCUCCUGCGAGACUCGACACUGGCACCGACACCGACGCAGACCCCGAGUAGUUCGCAGACGAUGAGGCUAGAAAGCAAGAUAGAGCCCAUGAAGGCGUCCAUGUUCUUGCUCGACUUCUUAUACCCAAGUGGAACGGCCGCCCUCCUCCGAAAAAUUCUCCCCAUUCGACUCCCAUCUCUCGAACCGGCGCACAAGACUCGCAGGAAUGCGACACGAUUAUACAGUUCUGCCAUCAAUAACAGCUCCGGUGCUGCGCAAAAACCGCAAAACGAACCGCUAGAGGACGACUCGUUCAUGAACGCCGACCUUUUCGAACAGUACUGGAAUGAGCAGGAGAGUGGCGUGAUACAAGACAGAAGGCCCCAAAAGGUUUCCAGAAAAUCUGGCCCUCGGGCACUGCGGGAGCUUCUCGAGCCGUCAGAGUUCGGUCCCAUGCACGAGCAGAUAUGGACGGCUUACAACAAGCUAGAGCCCAACGAGCAGGAGGGUUUCAAGGGCGAGGUCAUGGCCAACUUUUCGCAGUCCGGUCGGUCGGUUGAUGCUUGGAGGAUCCGCGAGCUGUUCGCCACGGUGCCUGUCGAGCGGUGGACGGAACCCAUAAUCAAAGCCGCUAUCAAGGCUGAAUUUGUCUUGGACGACGUGGACAAUGCGAAGAUACUAUUUGCCGAUGCCCUCAAGAAGAGAGGUCUUCAUCAAGGACUUGAUGAUGUCAUGGCACACGCAUUCAACACCUCUUCGUGGCAGCUGGCCUUGGACAUUUGGAAGUUGUUUACCAGCUUCAAGGACUCUGAAAAGCUUACUGUCGAGUUCAAAACACUGGCUUCCGUGCCCGGCUUUCGGGAUAAGCUGGCCGAGUUUGUCGAGUUUGUUGCGCCAAAAGCGCCGGCCAAAAAGGCCAGCAAGCCCGCCAAGACCAAGUCGGCCAAAACAAAGUCUCUGGCCGAUACAGAGUCCACGCCCAACCCUGUACUAGCAGUCGAUACGGAGAUCGCAGAUUUCGUCAGAGUUCUUGCCACCAAGUCACUACGCUUAUUCUCGCCCACAGACGCAGUUGUCCUUCUUCGCCAUGCUGCGGAUUCAUCAGCGUACGAGGCUUUCAUCAAGCUGGCUAUCGAACAGGGCAAGACCAGAGCUGCGGCGGAGGCUUACAAGAAGUACCGUCAACUACCCAAGGCCGAGGUUCGCAUUUGGGUGUUGCGCGCCAUGCUCGACAUCUUUUAUCCUACCGACGCUGGCGGCAUGGAGCUCGUCUUGAAGGAUUGGUACAGCCGCUACGACGCUCUUGAGAAGCGAGUUUACCAAAAGUUCCUGGCAUUCUAUGCUGGCCGUGGUGAUACAAAGUCGGUAACACGUCUGGCCAACGAGUACCGUAAGCAUCUCCCAGCAGAAGCCGCGCGAGAUAUGUCGCUCAUCUCGAGUCUGAUGCACGUGCACGCGCGCAACGGUAACCCUGAAGCGGCUCGCAAGGUGCUAGAAAACUGUUUGGAGCAGGCGGGCAUGGGUAAACCAAAGACUGUUCAUUGGAACAUCUUGCUCAAUGCCUACGCAAAAGCAUCCGAUUACAGUGGCUGUCUCGAGGCCUUUGAGCGUUUGGAUGAGGUUGGAAAGCCGGACUCAUAUUCUUAUGGAACUGUCAUGGGUAUGGCCGCCGUGCGUGGUGAUCUCUCAUUUGCCUUGGUGCUUUUCAACGCCGCAAAGGCUGACGGCAUCAAGCCUGAUGUGGGAAUGGUGGACAGCUUGAUUGAAGCUUACUGCCAGAAUGACCGAUUCCGUGAGGCCGAGGUCAUUGUGAAGCAGACGGUGAAGAAGGGCACACUUCCCGGCAAGUACACCGUUCUCUUCAACACCCUUCUCAAUCAUCAUGCCAGGAGGCGAGACCUCAAGGGGUUGUACAACCUCGUGGAAUACAUGCAUGAGAACAAGAUUCCCAGCGACAAUGAGACCUAUAGCCAUCUCUUGUACGGCUUGAUGUACUGCAGACAGUCGCAUCACGCUCUGAACCUUUUGCGGGCUUCCGAGAAGGAUAACCUUUUCAAGCCCGCGCCCGAACACUACGUUCUCCUUAUGGCCUCCUUCAUUCACAGUCGUGAACCACACAUGGCCCUCAAACUCAACGAGAUUUUGUCCAAGCGCCAAGAACCCGAGAUGGCCGAGCGGACCACUCGAGUCAUUGACGCCUUGGGUAGAUGGCAACAGCUCCCCGGUCACCAGAGGUGGCAGAAGGAUCAAAAGUACUACAUUACAAAGGCCAUCAACCUGUUCAAACAGACCCUGAAGAAGACUGGAAAGGGCCAGCAUGAGGCUCCUCGCCCCGUGGUCAACCAGUUUGCCCACAUCUUGUUCAUCUUGACACAGAUCCGGGAUUUCGGCACACUUGAAGAGAUCAUGGAGUUGUACACCACCCAGUUCCCGUCUGCAAAGGAGCCUAGCAACCUGCCAAUCCGUCUGCUCAACAACAUGAUGCUUGCCGACUACCAUGAGCGCAAGUUUGACCGGGUCAGAGAGAUUUGGAACCACAUUCUCAGGAAGACGACAUUACAAGCCUUCGGUGAAGUCGCCGAGGAGCCACGGGAGACCGGUGCUGAGGGCGCGGAAACACCAGCUCAGCAUCUUGUUGGUCCCUACAAGUGGAUCCUGUGCGAUCCCAUCAAGACGAUGCAGCGCGUCUUCUACGACGAGAACGACGCCGACGGGCUCAUUGAGUUCGUCAAGGACGUCCGCAACCGCGGCUUCGAGCUCGACAGCAAGAACUGGAACUACUACGUCCAAUCGCUUGCCCGCAUGAACCGCUACCGCGAGGCCUUCGGCGAGUGCGAGGCGCGUCUCAUGCCCAACUGGACGGGCUGGUAUCGGGUCCGCGCGCGGUCCGCCGUGAAGAACCAGCUGCCGCUCGAGCUCCGUCGUCUCGGCUCGUUCCCGCAGCGCCCGAGACCCAUCUCGCACACCUUGAUCAUCAUGGCCAAGAAGUACAUGGACUUGGAGAACUUGGCCAACUGGCAGAGGGAGGCAGCCAAGCAGCUGGAGUGGGUGAAUGCGGAGUGCCCGCUCACCAUUAAGGCUGUCAAGACCAUGAUCAGGGCGGACUCGGAGUUGGAGAAGAGCGUCUUCAACGAGACCGAGGACGUGCUGACGGAGGAAGGAGGGUACGCUGAGAGAGAUGAUAGGGAGGAAAAUUGGUCAGAGAUGACGGAGGAGGAGAUGAGGGAAACGGCGAAGAGGGAGCAGGCGUUUGCGAAGCAGCUCACGUCGAAACGUGUUGUAUAAACAGACAUAUACCUUGUACAAAUAUCUUUGAAGAAAGUUGAGCAUGGGAUGGAGUAUAGAUAUCACGGGCUUGAAAGAUUUCUUUUUGCAUAGUUACUUGGCCUGCAUGGUUAUCUUGUUGUUUGGGAUAUGGCUGGUGAACUACAUAGACUAUUAUUGGCUCUGGUAGAAAAUGGGAUGGACAGGAAAAGUGUCGGGCGUGAAAAGGUCAUUGGCAUGGCCGGAGUUAGACGUUAUAUCGAGGUAGAGGCACUGGGUGAAGUAUUUGGAAGGUUCUUGUCUUUUGAAUAGACAAGAUAGAACAUGGCGAACAAGUAAAGCAAAGUGAACG